UACAUGCGUCAACUUCCCAUUCGAAUUAUUCUCGCAACAACCAAUUUAAUUUGUGAUUUUUGAAAUUUAAAAAAUCGAGUCAAACUAAAAGUUCAUCAUAUUACAUUAUUUUAUUUUGUCUUAUUAGUUUACUUCGAACCUACUCUGUCUCGAUUUGCCCCUCUCAUCCUCCACCCACAGAUUAGGAAUUCCUAAUCCAACUCGGACUCAGAAAAAGCGCGCACCCAUAUAUCUACGGCUCUUAAAAAGGUCAAAGAAGCACCCCAUAUUCCUACAUUCCCAAAUCUUCCGAUCCCAAUUUCACUAAUUUUCAAUUCUCCCAUUCCCCUGUUCUCACGUCUUUCCUUUCUCCCUCAAAACAAUGUCAGCCGCCCAUUACCAUUGCGCGGCAUGGCUGUCGGACGACGACGACGACAGCAGCAACAACGCCGACGACCACGAACAACACCGUUUCCACGAUUCCCGGCUGCCGCCGGCGGCGGCUGGACCCGUGUUCUUGAUCCAGCUGUUCGCCCGGAUCAUCCCGCAGGACCUCGACCCGGGUCAAGAAGAAUCCGAAAUCCCCACAAUCCACAAGCAUUUCCGGGUCCCCAGGGACCACCUGCUCCGCGAUCCGACCUCCUGGUCGACGAUAGUCGCCCGACUGCUGGAGAUGGAAAUCCCCGCCGAGGCCCACCCGAUUGCCAUCGCCAGGAUCCACGAGUGCGCCCAGGAGUAUUGGGGAACCCGAUCGAAUCGCCAAGUCGUCACGAUGACCGUGCAAAUCAGCAGCUCGAGCCAGGAAUAUAUGGGAAGAAUUAGUAGUUCAGGCAGGCCGGAAGCAACGAGCGAGUCGGCCGUCGAGGAAUUGGAGAAGGUCUGGAUUGGAAGAGAUGGUGAAACGAAGUCUUGCGUGAUAUGUUUGGAUGAGAUUCGGGUCGGAUCAGAAGCGACCCGGAUGCCCUGUUUUCAUCUUUACCACGGCGGUUGCAUCAGGAGUUGGCUCCGGAAGAGCCGAUUCUGUCCUCUCUGUCGCUUUCAGAUGCCUUCGUCUGUUGAGUUUUAGGAUUCUCUCUAGUUUUUUUCAUUUUGCAUUUUCUUCUUCGUUGUUUUGUAAAGGAAGGAAAAUCAAAUACGUUUUGGUCGUUGUAACUAACUGGAUGCUCGACCAUCCAUCGCUAGGUAAAGCAUCUCAACAGGCACACUGGAGAAACUAUCGAAUCAUGCCAACAAAUAGUUUCGUUAUGCUUUUUUUCUAAUCAAGGUCUUAGAACGAU